AUGGUUUUGAAGUCAUGCUGUGGAGGAGGAGGUCCAUAUAAUUACAAUCCGUUGGCGACAUGUGGACAAUCAUUUGCGACUGCGUGUGAUGAUCCCAAUAUGUAUGCUUACUGGGAUGGAAUACACUUUACAGAAGCGGCGUACCUAAUAAUCUUCAAGAGUUUAUUUCAAGGCCCAUAUACUACACCCCAAUUUAAUUUGUUGUGUCCUACAUUAACAUCACAAGUUAGAGUUGGGUUAUCGGGUUCACAAAUGCAACACAGACCUAUUAGAACUGGAGCCGCAAAGGGAGAUGUGCAUUUUCUAGAAAAAAUGUAA